UGUGCGCGUAGUGAACGGUUGUUUCUCGGCUGCUCGUCGACGAAAUUGCAAUUUCUGCGAUUGCGAACUGCGAUUUGCGACCUCUGACUACCGGAUUCUCGAGUUUUUGUUAAUUGUUGUGAUUUUAGGCGUUUGCUGGACGUUUUUGUUGUUACCUAUCUAGUGGCAAAAACAAAUUAAUUAAAAUACAAUACAUACAUCAAAUUUACCAAAGUAAAGAAGAAGAAAAAGUAGUAAGCACCAAAAAGAUGUGAGAGAUGUGUAAUUAAAACUAGACCUUAGACUAAAAAGUAGAAAAGGCGAAGGAAGACGGGUGAAAAGAAUCAAGAAACUCCAAGAAAUACCAAAAGCCAACAACAAAUGCACAAAUCCGCGGCGUCGUCGCUGCGUCGACGUCGUCCAAAAACAACAACAGCAACAGCAACAGCGACCAUUGAGAUGCCGUCGCUGCCGCCGUCGGCUUCGCUGCUUGCAGCGCUGCUUCUGCUAUGCUACUGGGACAGCUGCUUUUUUUGUUACGCGGAUGCCAAUCCUCAGCCGCAGCCUCAGCCACAGCAGCAGCUGCAGCAGAAUCAGCUUGUCCAGCAACAGCAGCUCCAGGCUCCACGAUUCACCACGCAUCCGUCGUCAUCGGGGUCGAUUGUCAGCGAGGGAAGCACCAAGAUACUACAGUGUCAUGCGCUGGGAUACCCGCAGCCCACAUAUCGAUGGCUGAAGGACGGCGUCCCUGUGGGCGACUUCUCAUCCGGCCAGUUCUACCGCUUCCACAGCACUCGGCGCGAGGAUGCGGGCAGCUAUCAGUGCAUUGCCAGAAAUGAUGCCGGAUCCAUAUUCAGCGAGAAGAGCGACGUUGUCGUGGCCUAUAUGGGAAUCUUUGAGAACACCACCGAAGGCCGCCUGACGGUGACCAGUGGACACCCUGCGAUUUUCGAUAUGCCAGCCAUUGAGUCCGUGCCCGUGCCAUCGGUUAUGUGGCAAUCGGAGGACGGGCCUCUGAACUAUGACAUCAAGUACGCCUUCACCCAGGCCAACCAGCUGGUCAUCCUGAGUGCCGAUGAGAACGAUCGCAAGGGCUAUCGGGCUAAGGCGACCAACACGCAGCUGGGCAAAGAGGAGAGCAGCGCCUAUGUCUAUCUGAAUGUCAGCGGGGAUCCGUAUAUAGAAGUGGCUCCAGAGAUCAUAGUUCGUCCGCAGGACGUGAAGGUCAAGAUGGGAACAGGAGUGGUGGAGCUGCAGUGCAUUGCCAAUGCCAGACCCUUGCACGAACUGGAAACUCUUUGGCUGAAAGAUGGUCUUGCCGUGGAAACGGCUGGAGUUAGGCAUGCCCUGAAUGAUCCCUGGAAUCGAACUUUGGCCCUGUUGCAGGUGAAUAGCUCACAUUCCGGUGAAUAUACCUGCCAGGUGCGAUUGCGCAGUGGUGGUUAUCCGACCGUGAGUGCCUCGGCACGCCUCCAAAUCCUCGAACCCCCCGUCUUCUUUACACCCAUGCGAGCUGAGACAUUCGGGGAAUUCGGUGGACAGGUGCAGCUGACCUGCGAUGUGGUUGGCGAACCCACGCCGCAGGUCAAGUGGUUCAAGAAUGCCGAAUCGGUGGAUGCACACAUUGAAAGCGGAAGAUACGCCCUGAACACGGAUAAUACUCUGGUAAUUAAGAAACUAAUCCUGGAUGAUGCCGCCAUGUUUCAGUGUCUGGCCAUCAACGAGGCGGGGGAGAACUCGGCGAGCACCUGGCUGCGCGUGAAAACAAAAACGGCCAAGAACCGCGUGAAGCGCUUGGCCCAGCCGCGAAUCCUGAGCGUAAGAGCUUCGCAUGCUGGCUUGGGAACGGAAAAGGGAUCGGGAUCGGGAUCGGGAUCAGGUUCUUCCUCCGGUAGACGCAAGGAGUAUCGCUUUGCCUCGGCUCCGAUCAUGGAGCAGCCGCCCCAGAAUGUCACCGCCUUGGAUGGCAAGGAUGCCACGAUCUCCUGCCGGGCCAUUGGCUCGCCCAAUCCCAACAUCACCUGGAUAUACAACGAGACCCAACUGGUGGACAUAUCCAGCCGGGUCCAGAUACUCGAGUCCGGGGACCUGCUCAUCUCGAACAUCCGAUCCGUGGACGCGGGUCUCUAUAUCUGCGUGCGGGCCAACGAGGCGGGCAGCGUCAAGGGCGAGGCCUAUUUGAGUGUUUUGGUGCGGACACAAAUCAUCCAGCCGCCGGUGGACACGACGGUGCUACUUGGCCUGACGGCCACCCUGCAGUGCAAGGUGUCCAGUGAUCCCAGUGUUCCGUACAACAUCGACUGGUAUCGCGAGGGUCAGUCGUCGACGCCCAUCAGUAACUCGCAGCGCAUUGGCGUCCAGGCGGACGGACAGCUGGAGAUCCAGGCAGUGCGGGCCAGCGAUGUUGGUAGUUAUGCCUGUGUGGUCACCUCACCCGGGGGAAAUGAGACUCGAGCCGCUCGCCUCAGCGUCAUUGAACUACCGUUUCCGCCCAGCAAUGUGAAGGUGGAACGACUGCCGGAGCCGCAGCAGCGCAGCAUCAACGUGUCCUGGACACCGGGCUUCGAUGGCAACAGUCCAAUAUCCAAAUUUAUUAUCCAGCGACGUGAGGUCUCCGAAUUGGAAAAAUUCGUAGGUCCAGUUCCAGAUCCCCUGCUCAACUGGAUCACCGAGCUGAGCAACGUCUCGGCGGAUCAGCGUUGGAUCCUGCUCGAGAACCUAAAAGCCGCCACCGUCUAUCAGUUCAGGGUUAGUGCUGUUAAUCGUGUGGGCGAGGGUUCGCCUUCAGAGCCCAGCAAUGUCGUCGAACUGCCGCAGGAAGCUCCGUCUGGCCCGCCGGUGGGAUUUGUUGGAUCCGCUCGGUCCAUGUCGGAGAUCAUCUCGCAGUGGCAACCGCCCUUGGAGGAGCAUCGCAACGGCCAGAUCCUGGGCUAUAUCCUGCGGUAUCGCCUGUUCGGGUACAACAAUGUCCCAUGGUCCUACCAAAAUAUCACCAACGAGGCCCAGCGCAACUUCCUGAUACAAGAACUAAUCACCUGGAAGGAUUACAUCGUCCAGAUCGCAGCGUACAACAACAUGGGCGUGGGUGUCUACACCGAGGGCUCCAAGAUCAAGACCAAGGAGGGAGUGCCAGAAGCGCCGCCCACGAAUGUCAAGGUGGAGGCUAUCAACUCGACGGCAGCCCGGUGUCGGUGGACACCGCCCAAUCCCCAGCAGAUCAAUGGCAUCAAUCAGGGCUACAAGAUUCAGGCAUGGCAACGACGCCUCAUCGAUGGCGAGUGGAAGGACAUUGAGAGGCGCAUGAAGACAGUGCCGCCAAGUCUGAUUGAUCCACUGGCGGAGCAGACAGCCAUCCUCGGAGGCCUGGAGAAGUUCACCGAAUACAAUAUCAGUGUGCUCUGCUUUACGGAUCCCGGCGAUGGUGUGGCCAGUGUUCAGGUCCCAGUGAUGACCAUGGACGAUGUACCCGACGAGGUCACCGCCCUGCAUUUCGAUGAUGUCUCCGACCGAUCGGUGAAAGUUCUCUGGGCACCGCCGCGCUUCUCGAACGGUAUCCUCACGGGCUAUACGGUUCGCUACCAAGUCAAGGAUCGCCCGGACACGCUGAAAUCCUUUAACCUGACAGCGCACGAUACAGAGCUGACGGUGAACCAAUUGCAGGCCACCACCCACUAUUGGUUCGAGAUCUUCGCCUGGACGCGCGUGGGCAGUGGCUCUCCAAAGACAGCCACCAUCCAGUCCGGCGUAGAGCCAGUCCUGCCGCAUGCACCCACCAGCCUGGCACUAUCCAAUAUCGAAGCCUUCUCCGUUGUGCUGCAGUUUACUCCGGGCUUUGAUGGCAACUCCAGCAUUACCAAGUGGAAGGUCGAGGGUCAGACAGCCAGGAAUAUGACAUGGUUUACCAUUUGCGAGAUCAAUGACCCGGAUGCAGAGACCUUGACCGUCACUGGCUUAGUGCCGUUCACCCAAUACCGGCUCAGACUGAGUGCCAGUAACGUGGUUGGCAGUUCGAAACCCUCGGAGGCUACCAAAGACUUCCAGACCAUCCAGGCCAGGCCCAAGCAUCCGCCAUUCAACGUGACCGUCAGGGCCAUGAGUGCCCAGCAGCUGAGAGUCCGUUGGAUUCCACUGCAACAGACCGAGUGGUAUGGCAAUCCCAGAGGUUAUAACAUAUCCUACAAGCAGUUGGUAAAAAGUCCCGGAACCGUGAAAUAUCUACCCCGCUCGGUGGUCAUCGAGGAUCAUACGGCCAACUCACAUGUGCUGGAUGGUCUGGAGGAGUGGACACUGUUUGAGGUGAAAAUGAAUGCCUGCAAUGAUGUGGGCUGUUCCAAGGAGAGCGAGACGGCCGUGGAGAGAACUCGUGAAGCGGUACCGAGCUAUGGUCCGCUGGAUGUCCAGGCCAAUGCCACAUCAUCCACCACAGUGGUGGUGCAAUGGGGUGAAGUGCCCCCGCAGCAUAGGAAUGGUCAGAUAGAUGGCUACAAGGUGUUCUAUGCCGCUGCAGAUCGGGGACAACAGGUGCUGCACAAGACGAUACCGAACAAUGCCACCUUCACCACCACCUUAACGGAGCUCAAGAAGUUCGUGGUGUACCACGUUCAGGUUUUGGCCUACACAAGAUUGGGCAACGGAGCCCUGAGCACUCCACCCAUCAGAGUUCAAACCUUUGAGGAUACUCCCGGUGUGCCAUCGAAUGUUAGUUUCCCCGACGUCACCCUUACCAUGGCUCGGAUCAUUUGGGAUGUGCCAAUGGAUCCCAAUGGAGAGAUCUUGGCCUAUCAGGUCACCUACACCCUCAACGGAAGUGCCAUGUUGAACUACAGCCGAGAGUUUCCACCCUCGGACCGGACAUUCCGGGCCACUGGCUUGCUGCCCGAGAAGUAUUACAGUUUUAGCUGCACUGCCCAAACCCGUCUGGGAUGGGGCAAAAUAGCCACCGCUCUGGUGUACACCACCAACAACAGGGAGAGACCGCAGGCACCGUCAGUCCCGCAGAUAUCACGGAGUCAAAUUCAAGCCCAUCAGAUCACCUUCAGCUGGACACCAGGAAGAGAUGGCUUCGCUCCACUGCGUUACUAUACGGUGGAAAUGCGCGAAAACGACGGCAGGUGGCAGCCGCUGCCAGAGAGAGUGGAUCCGUUGCUGAGUUCCUACACCGCCGUAGGUCUCAGGCCCUAUAUGACCUAUCAGUUCCGUAUUCAGGCCACCAAUGACCUGGGACCCUCGGCCUUCAGUCGGGAAAGUGUGGUCGUUCGAACUCUUCCCGCUGCUCCAGCAGCCGGUGUUGGAGGUCUCAAGGUUGUGCCCAUCACGACUACGUCGGUGAGGGUGCAGUGGAGUGCUCUGGAGACGGGAAUGUGGAAUGGUGAUGCCGGAACUGGUGGAUACAGGAUUCUUUAUCAGCAACUCUCCGAUUUUCCCACUGCCCUGCAGUCCACGCCCAAGACCGAUGUCCAUGGCAUCAAUGAGAACAGUGUGGUGCUUUCGGAUCUUCAGCAAGAUCGCAACUAUGAGAUUGUGGUGCUACCCUUCAAUUCCCAAGGUCCUGGACCAGCCACGCCCCCGGCUGCGGUGUAUGUGGGCGAGGCAGUGCCCACUGGGGAACCGAGAGCCGUCGAUGCCGCUCCCAUUUCCAGCACCGAAGUGCGUUUGGUAUGGAAGCCACCAAAGCAGAGCAUGCAGAAUGGAGACAUUCUUGGCUACAAGAUCUACUAUCUGGUCACCUAUUCACCGCAGGCCCUGGAGCCUGGUCGCAAGUGGGAGGAGGAAAUCGAGGUGGUCUCGGCCACAGCCACCUCGCACAGUCUGGUGUUCCUCGACAAGUUCACCGAGUAUCGCAUCCAGUUGCUGGCCUUCAAUCCGGCCGGAGAUGGACCACGAUCGGCGCCAAUUACGGUGAAGACGCUGCCGGGAGUGCCAAGUGCUCCGCUUCACCUGCGUUUUUCGGAUAUCACGAUGCAGAGCCUGGAGGUGACCUGGGAUCCGCCAAAGUUCCUCAACGGCGAGAUUCUGGGAUACUUGGUGACCUACGAAACCACCGAGGAGAAUGAGAAGUUCAGCAAGCAGGUGAAACAGAAGGUGUCUAAUACCACACUGCGGGUGCAGAAUCUGGAGGAAGAGGUCACCUAUACGUUUACGGUCCGGGCCCAGACGUCCGUGGACUACGGUCCGGGUGUAAGUGAGAAUGUGACGACAGGACCCCAAGAUGGAUCGCCAGUGGCGCCGCGUGAUCUCAUCUUGACCAAGACGCUGUCCAGCGUCGAGAUGCACUGGAUCAAUGGACCAUCGGGCCGUGGACCCAUUUUGGGCUAUCUAAUCGAGGCGAAGAAGCGAGAAAAAGGAGAGCCGUCAUUCGUUUACGACUCCCGCUGGACGAAAAUCGAGCAAACUAGAAAAGGCAUGAUGCAAGACUUCACAGUCAGCUACCACAUCCUGAUGCCCUCCACGGCAUAUACAUUCCGGGUGAUCGCCUACAAUCGCUACGGCAUUUCGUUUCCCGUUUACUCCAAGGACUCGAUCCUGACGCCCUCGAAACUUCACCUGGAAUAUGGUUACCUGCAGCACAAGCCCUUCUAUCGGCAAACCUGGUUCAUGGUCUCGCUGGCAGCCACCUCUAUUGUGAUCAUCGUGAUGGUCAUCGCCGUGCUGUGUGUCAAGAGCAAGAGCUACAAGUAUAAACAGGAGGCCCAGAAGACUCUAGAGGAAUCCAUGGCCAUGUCCAUUGACGAGCGACAGGAGUUGGCUCUCGAGCUAUAUCGGUCUCGUCACUGCGUUGGAACUGGCACCCUGAACAGUGUGGGAACUCUGCGCAGCGGCACCUUGGGCACCCUGGGCAGGAAAUCCACCAAUCGACCCCCGCCGGGUGUACAUCUUGGCAAGAGUCCACCACGACCCUCGCCCGCCUCCGUGGCGUAUCACAGCGACGAGGAGAGCUUGAAGUGCUACGACGAGAAUCCGGACGACAGCAGUGUUACCGAGAAGCCCUCGGAGGUGAGCAGUUCGGAGGCAUCGCAGCAUUCGGAGAGCGAGAACGAGAGCGUGCGCAGCGAUCCACACUCGUUCGUGAAUCACUAUGCCAACGUGAACGACUCAUUGCGGCAGUCGUGGAAGAAGACCAAGCCGGUGCGGAACUACUCCAGCUACACCGAUUCAGAGCCGGAGGGUAGUGCAGUGAUGAGCCUCAAUGGUGGCCAGAUUAUCGUUAAUAAUAUGGCCAGAUCGAGGGCACCACUGCCCGGCUUCUCGUCGUUCGUCUGACAAUCAACCGAGUUCUAAGAUCUAAGCACCAGUAGCAACGGCACCGUCAUCCGCGAGACCUUUGUCUAGGCUUGGAGGAGGAGCUGGGGGCGAAUCGAAUCAAUGGAGGAGGACGACAUACCAACACACCAACACACCCACAUAUCAGACUGAUCCAGUACAGUACCUCCAGGCCUCAGCCCCUCCAGCUCUCCGACGAUGCCCUGCUACGGGGAUAUACAUAAAAAUUAUACAAAACACCAGACAUUCGGUUAGGUUAUCUUGUAUGCAUUUAGUUUUAGUUUUAGUUUCUAGUUUCUAGUUACGAGAGAUCUGAGAUUUGCGAGCAUUUGUGUGCCCCUCACCUUGGGUUCUGGUUACUUGCCUUUUAACUGUUUUUGUUUUAGCCAAGAAUGUUACCUGUAAGCAGAACUUUGAUCUGUAUAAUCUGUAUCUCUGUAGAAGAACAAGCCAGCCAAGUUAGCAUCAUCUGAACUUACCACUGCAGCUGUAGGACAAACACUCAACCCAGGGUGCCCAGGCAGGGGCACAUUAGUUUUAGCCGCCUGAGUUUCCCAGCAUGACUCUGCUCCUAAUUUUUUUUAGUAUUUAUUCGUGAAUGUGCUGUGUAUGAGUGCGGUGCCGCCUGCCACGACGCCUCCAAGCAAUGGCAUUUAUCGGAUGGGGCAUGGUAACUCGAAUCGGAAUCCGAAUGCGAAUCCAAAAUCCUGUGAUAAGCCGAUUCUCCGUGCCCCAUCGAGUUUCGUCGAAAUGAUUUCCAAUUUGUGUUCAGCGCGUGGCAGGGCAGCCUUGCCUGUCUUUCGAGUGACUGAGUGAGUGUGAAUGAUGUACGCGUUUAGUCCGGCGCAAUCUCAUUAUAUUUAAACAAAAAAAAAACGACAAGCAGUUAUGUUUUAUGUUUAUUUCUUUUUUUUUAGUGAGGUAGAAAAUGAAGAAGCAGAAGUUUGGACGGCGAGGAGGGGGAACACCGAUGCAAUCGGUGGACUAGGUAGGAGAAACCAAGAGAGAAAGUUCAAGGGAAAGGGAAAGGGAAAGAGAUAUGUAAACAAAAACAAACUUAUAACGUGUAAGCAAGGAUAAAUGUAUGUUUUUUUUUUUUGGUAAGGCUAAAAACGGAAGAAGAAGAUGAAGGCUUUGGGAAUGAGCAGCAGAAUAGCUGACGACGACGAAGGCUUAGGAUACGUAUAUUCAUCAGAUAUAUUGAUAGGCCAUAUUAAUGCAAUUUCUUUACCACUUAAGCCCACAAACGAAAGCAACUGUAACACACAAAGCAAGCAAACAAACAAGCAAGCAAGCAAGCAAGAAAACAACAAACAAACAAACAAACAAACAGACGAGCAAACUUGCAGAGCUGCAAACACAAAGAAACGAAGGAAGGGUUCUUCUCGAGCGCAUGCGCAGCAGCAGACUUAGCACUAAGUACGAUCAGUACCGAUCUUUUUAGAGGUAAGAUGCAUUUUUUUUUUUUGUUAGUUGGGGCCCAGUCCCGCCGGGGGGACUUAGCCCUGGUACUCUAGCUCGUAACACUUCGAUUGUUCAGUCCCUGACGCCCGUAGCUGUAAAAUCGUACUCGUAAUUGUAUUUGAAUGCAGUUUAUAUUUAUGACUAUAUUUAUAUAUCGAUGUAUACAUGUAUAUCUAAAAACCUAAACGACUGAUUAUAUAUUUUCCCCCGAUUAGUUGUAUACUUCACCUUCCUUUUUUUAUACUACCUAAACUACGAAGCAUUAACUACGUUUAGACCACUUUGUGACGCCCGCUGAAACGAGAAUUCGGGAAUUUGGGAAACUCUCCGCGCGUUUCCACUCAAAUCGCAAGCUAAUUUCAACUUCAAAGACUCGAAGCACAAGUUCAUCUAGUUAAGUAAAUGUAAUUGUAAUUGUAAUUGUUGAAUUGAUGAUUGAUUGGUUGAUUGAUUGAUCGAUCGAUUGAUUGAUUGAUCCUCCUCCACUAAUUGAGGGGCAAGUCAGUCGAUGGAGAGCGGCUUUAGAGAUGGAAAAGGCGGAAAGGCGGAGCUCAAGGACUUGGGCUCUCGGGGCAAGUUCAGAAAUCCGUGCAGCAAGCGCAAAGUAUUAGAAUAUUGAUAAAUACAAUUUAAAUGUGUAAAUGUAAUUGAUGGAGCAUCCGAAUAUGAAUCAAUAAAAGAACCACAAAUCAAUGUGAAA